AUGGCGCCGCAACAACAACGGCAGAAGCCCCAACUGCCCGCCCCGCCGGCCGCUUUCACCACCCGCAAGCACAAGAUCCUGGAGCAGCUCAGCGUCCCCGACGCCGAGUACACCGACGCCUCGCCCAAGGGGUCCGUGGACGUGGGUAUCCGCGAGCUCAUCGACGAGCUCAACGCCGUCGACGGGUUCGUGACGACGAGCAGCUGCGCCGGGAGAGUGAGUGUCUUUCUCGAGGGGAUCAAGGCAUCUGCCGCUCCUGCUUCGUCUGCUUCGCCCCUAGGUGAAGGGGCGCAACCUGAGGCCCUACCUCAGAAUGAAGAUGCGGGCAACGCUCUCACGACGAUAGCAGGUCCCGGAGGGAAGGGAGGCGGCGGCACGUGGUUGUUCGUAUCGCACGAUCCGCUUGGUGAGUCGCGUGGUACGGACGCCGAGCUUCUGCGUCAGCUUGGUCUCGCGGAUGAUACAGGGGCGAGCAGAGCUGCCUCCGGAGAGUCGGGUACCGCUCAGUCUGGGCGCCGGAGACGACGGCUUAUACACUUCAAGUUCGAGCCGAUGAUCCUCCACGUCCUCACAGCGUCCCCGUCACACGCCCAGCUCCUCCUCAAGUGCGCCCUCGCAGCCGGCUUCCGCGAAAGCGGCGCCCUGAACCUGCUCCCCGCCUCCGCGUCGCCGGGCGACGAGUCAUCCGUCCACCCCAUUGUGGGCGUCAGGACGAUGGGCCUCGGCCUCGAGUCCCUGGUCGGCUACGUCGACGACCACAGCGGCGGGGCGCGCCGCUGCACCGUCUCGGCGGACUACCUGCGCGACCUGGUCGACAUCGCAAACGAGCGCUUCGUCGAGAACGCGGCGAGGAUCGCCAGGUUCCGCGCCGCGUUGCAGAGCGCCGUCGCGGGACCGCCGGCGAAGCUGGGCGAGGGCGGCGCCGAAUGGGAGGACGCCGCCGCCAGGAGGGAACGCAAGAGGGCUGAGGGGUUGAGGAGGAAGGAGGAGAUGUUGGCUGCUAAGCAGGGGACGCAGACUGCAGAGACCAAAGUAGAUGAGGAGGCAGAACUGCCUGAAUAUGAACUCCACGGGUAUUGA